CGCAUCGCGUCGGUGGCUGAAGUAGCCAGCAUCUGGGAGAGUGGCGUGAGGGCUUGUCUACUGGCCAUGCCCCCCAUUCAUGAACGGAAUCUGUCCAUAGCUGCAAAGGGGAAAGCAAAGGAGAGUGUCCACUGGCAUCUUGGCUGGUGGGACCUGAUCCAUUCGCUAGAGGGAACGAGAAGGCCCGUACAAUGGAGCAAAUCCUCAGUGAUAUUCACUCCCCAUGAAUCGCGCGCAUACAUCUUGGCGCGCCACUUCCCGACCUCACGCCAAUUUGCCUUGCCUUCUCCGCCCAUCCCCUUGGAUAACUAUGAGCCAGCAAUGGUCAUCUCUCUCUGCCCUACUGAUGACUGGCUCUUUGCCUACUUUCCCGGAAAUGGCUGCCCUGGCAUGGGAUGCGUCUGGCGCAAAGAGGCCCAGCUUGACAACUGGUCUCUGAGAGAAUGUUGGCCAUAUCCUGUCGGAGGAGGAGUCGUGACUGCUGCUUGGACGUGUCACCAUCGGGAGUGGGUGGUGUCGGAAACAGGCAAAUCCAGUCGCCUUCCACCACUCGGGCCUCUCGCACCUUAUGCAAAUCCUCUCUUACUGUUGGUCACAGAGGCGCACCUUCUCCAUGUCUACAGCCUCUCACCAUAUACAAAAACCCCUCCUCCAACUCGCGCCCCGCUUUUACAGCCCAUCGACCCUAUGCAUCCACCUACGGACCCCGAAUCGGUGGGCAAGAUUGGAGGCGACAGAGUGUGCGUGAAGGCUGCUAUUGGCCUGUGCUACCAAUACCCCACGAUCUUGAUCGCAAUGCGAUCGGCGUUGCUACCUUCCCAGACCUCGACACAAGCGUUUCAGAACUCAAUGGAUCUGGGACUCCCGGUAGACCUAGGUCAACCUCAGCCCUCGGAAGCGCCGUUCGUGCAAGAAUGGGAACUGUGGGGAGAGGAACCCACUAUCUCGCUUUGCGAAGUGCGCAUUGAGUACCGGCCUGGUGUUCCUCCGGUUCUGAGCCGUCCGCUGCCUCCAAUUCAUCACCCAAGUUCGCAUUUAGUCGAUUUGACCUUUUACUGUCCGCCGCCAUCACAUGCCCCUAAUCCGCCCCUCUCGAUCGCUCCGAAGGCUGAUCCGAAGGGUCCUCAGCACCCACUCUAUUUAGCUGCGACUUUCUUGGAUGCAGAUGAUUAUACUUCGAUCCCGAAGUCCGAAAUCAUCUCGUAUACAUUUGUGAAUGGUCUACCGGCUAAUUUUUGGGGACUGAAAUCAGAGACAAUACGUCCUAGUCAAACCAAAGUGCCUUGUUUCCUACUCCCAUCAAGCGCACGUGGCGGGUUUCUCGCCGGUUUCCUCGACGCCGGUGGACUACUUCCGCGCCGCAAGUCGAAGUCGCAGGAGACGAUCAUUGGCUCAGUCGAGAUGCUCAAACCACCAGACUUGAGCACACAUGAAGACUGGGAAAGCGUGCCCAUCCUCUCGCACGCGCAACAUGGAGCCGUUGAUGUGCCCGUCAGUGUUGCGCUUUCGCCCAACGAGGCUCUCGUUUGUUGCAUCUCUUCCCCUCUCCUGGGGUCGCACUUCGCUAUCCAAGCCUUGCCUCGUCGAAUAUCCGGUGGCUCGUCUUCCGUGCUGACUGGUCAUCUAUAUGGCGAUCUCUCGAGACACCUGGUGGCAGCCAUCCGCGCGCACUAUUCUCCGUCGGACGUCGUACACGCCCUUGCUAUGCCCAUGCUACCCACCGAGGUCACAGUGAACACGCUGUAUCAUGCCUUGACAACCAUGGAGGCAGACUCGUACGGCCUCAUGGAUAUGUGGGUCGGCGAGCUCCUAGGAGUUGCCACGGAGGUCUACAGUGCUCGUACGCAACGCUUGGACAGGGGUCCCGAACAAGAAUUGUGUGCAGCGCGACGACAAACGGCACACGAGAUUGCUUCCCUGUCUGCAUGUUGCGGAGCGUUUGAUAGUUGUCGCGAAGGAGACUCCUACGAUCUCGAUGCUGUGUGGCAGCUACUAGGCAUGACUAGUUGGAUUAUCGAGUUUGUCGAAAAGCUCUUCAAAGAGUGCAUCUUCGUCGGAGAACGACCGGAGGCAACCGCAUUGACGCCCACGCCAAGGGAGGGCGUUUCGACUGCUGGCAAAUCGUUGGACAGUCCAAUAUUUCUGCACCUCGUGCAUCCAUAUGCUCUUACUCGGCUCAAAGCCGCAGUCGAGCACGUCAAGCGCUUCCACGAUCAUAUAUCCAGACUUCCUGCGAAGGGCGAGGAAUCGCACAUUGCGAAGGACGUCCUUCUGGACAUCACAGAGGGGAUCGGAGUGGACCUUCAGCUUGUGGGACCUCUCCUUGCUGAGAUUAUGCAGGAAACCAAGGGAUUAGAUGCCCAAAAUCUUCGGCGGAGCCUUGCAUCUUGCUGCCCAGUGCCCGCACUCAAGCCCCAGAUCCGCAAGAUCGUCAACAAAAUCCUACCCUCCAAGGCGAUCGACCGCGCGCGCCUCUUCAUCAAGCCGACCGAGCUUACGGACGGCGUUGCACGCCUGGCACUGUCGGAGCCUUCCGCCGGCGCGCAGAGCGCCUCGUUGAGGGAGAAAAACACGGACGUCGUCAAGAAGAGCACGCUCGUGCGCAAUAAGGCGGCGAGCGUGUGCGUACGGUGCGGAGGUCGGUCGGACGUUGCUAUGGGGCGGAAGAUGGGUAUGGAGAGUGCGCUGAGUAGGUGGCAGGCCUGGGAGAAGAACUGGCAGCUAAGAUGCGUAUGUGGAGGGCUAUGGUCCUCUGGUCUAUAGUUCUCCGAUUU